AGUGAGAUUCAGACGCAACGGCAAGCAAGAUGGAGCACUACCGGAAAGCUGGCUCUGUGGAACUCCCAGCACCUUCCCCAAUGCCCCAGCUACCUCCUGAUACCCUGGAGAUGCGGGUCCGAGAUGGCAGCAAAAUCCGCAACUUGCUGGGGCUGGUACUGGGUCGGCUGGAGGGCGGCAGCACAAGACAUGUGGUGUUCUCAGGUUCUGGCCGGGCUGCAGGGAAGGCUGUCAGCUGUGCUGAGAUUGUCAAGCGACGGGUACCAGGCCUGCACCAGCUUACCAAGCUGCGCUUCCUGCAGACUGAGGACAGCUGGGUACCAACUUCACCGGACACAGGCUUAGAUCCUCUCACAGUACGUCGACAUGUGCCUGCAGUGUGGGUACUGCUCAGCCGGGACCCCCUGGACCCCAAUGAAUGUGGCUACCAGCCCCCAGGGGCACCCCCUGGCCUGGGCUCCACACCUAGCUCCAGCUGUGGCCCCCGACCCCGAAGAAGGGCUCGGGACACCCGGUCCUGAAGACCUGCUGAGCAAGCUAUUCUCCAUGCUUGAAUGUCUAGGAUGGCUGUGCCUUCUCCAAGAAGCCUCUAAAACUGCUCAACAUCUCCAACAGGACUUGAAUCUACAGGGUGGGCCUCCUUGUUCUGAUUCCCCUUCCUUCUGGCAUAUGGAAAGGGGCCCCUAUGAAGAGUAACAGGUGUGGGGUCUUAGCCGGGUUCUGGAUUGCUUAAGAAGGGCUUACUCUGCCUUCCAUCUACAGUGCCUGUGAUCUGCCUCUGACAGAGCUCCAGGGAGUGGGUUAGGAAAUAAAAGUUCUGCCAGUU